AAAAACAUUUCGAUUUGUUGUGGAAAGUAGUAAAUGGCUGAGUUGUCAAAAACAGUCAAAAAGUUGGCAUUUGUUCUACCUGUGCGCUGUUCCAGCUGUCUGUUUUUAGUUAUAUUUGGUUGAAAUCUAUAUAAAUUACAUUCAGUACCCAAUUGCUAAUUGAGGUUUGCGUGAUGACAUAAUGGUGUAAUUGUUGUCAAUAUUGCAAAAACUGGAAGAUCAAUACUAAAAAUGGACAACACUUUGGAAUCUCCGUCUAAGUCUAGCCCGCUGGGCCAACCUGAAGGCUACUUGGAAAGUGAAACUGAUUACUCUAGUAUCAGAGGCAAGAUGGUGUUAGUGAGCCCUACCAGUGACCAGUAUGAACUUCUAAGGAAGCAAAUGCUGGAGAGGCUCGAAGCGGGGAAUGGAGAAAUAAUUUACGAUAUCGGACAAGGAGAAGAUGGGCGCGGUCUCACUGAAGACGAAUAUAGCGCUAGUGUGGCGACCCUACAGUCCCUGGUGAGCGCCGAGCGAGUCUCGUGUGUGGAGCUGAGACGGUGGCAGUGCGGCUCGGGGCUCACGGGACAGUACCUGCUGCGGACAGAGGUCGACCACACCGACUUCAUGGAGAUUAGAGUGGCAGUAGUGGGCAACGUGGACGCCGGCAAGUCCACGCUGCUGGGCGUUCUCACACACGGCGAACUGGACAACGGACGUGGGUACGCGAGACAGAGGCUGUUCCGGCACAAACACGAGAUGGAGAGCGGAAGGACCAGCUCCGUGGGGAACGACAUCCUCGGGUUCGAUAGCCUGGGUAACGUGGUAAACAAGCCCGACCACGGCACGCUGGACUGGGUGAAGAUCUGCGAGAAGUCAUCGAAAGUCAUCACGUUCAUAGACCUGGCCGGCCACGAGCGAUACCUCAAGACCACCGUGUUCGGGAUGACGGGGCACGCUCCUGACUUCGGCAUGCUGAUGAUCGGCGCCAACGCUGGCAUCGUCGGCAUGACUAAAGAGCACCUAGGUUUAGCCCUAGCACUCUCCGUGCCCGUCUUCGUUGUGGUCACAAAAAUAGACAUGUGCCCCCCGAAAAUCCUGCAGGACAACCUCAAACUCCUGAUCAGGAUCCUCAAGUCUUCCGGCUGCAGGAAAGUGCCUGUCAUGGUCAAGAGCAAAGACGAUGUGAUCGUGAGCGCUACCAACUUUGUUUCUCAGAGGCUAUGCCCAAUCUUCCAAGUUUCCAACGUCUCUGGUGAGAACCUGGAUCUGCUGACGAUGUUCCUCAACCUGCUGAAGACCAGGAUGCCGUCGCAGGAAGACAAGCCAGCAGAGUUCCAGAUAGAUGAUACAUACUCCGUGCCUGGCGUGGGCACGGUGGUGUCGGGCACGACGCUGGCGGGCGUGAUCCGCCUCAACGACACGCUGCUGCUGGGCCCCGACCCGCUGGGCCGCUUCACGCCCAUCGCCGUCAAGAGCAUCCACCGCAAGCGCAUGCCCGUGCCCGAGGUCCGCGGCGGGCAGACGGCCAGCUUCGCUCUCAAGAAGAUCAAGCGGUCCCAAAUCCGCAAGGGCAUGGUGAUGGUGUCGCCGGCGUUGAACCCGCAGGCGUGCUGGCAGUUCGAGGGGGAGAUCCUAGUGCUGCACCACCCCACCACCAUCUCGUCGCGGUACCAGGCCAUGGUGCACUGCGGCAGCAUCAGGCAGACGGCGUCCAUCCUGUCGAUGUCGCGCGACUGCCUGCGCACCGGCGACAAGGCGCGGGUGCGGUUCCGGUUCAUCAAGCACCCGGAGUACCUCAGGCGGGGGCAGAGGAUGGUGUUCCGCGAGGGCCGCACCAAGGCGGUGGGCAACGUGCUGCGGCCGGAGCCGCUGCUGAAGCCGCCGCGGGCGCCGCGCGCCGACCGCCGCCACCAGGAGCACGGCCUGCUGCAAGAGAGCGAAGUGCCCGGGCCGGAGUCCCCGUUCGAGGCGCCCGCGGACAAGCGCGGCCGCCGCCCGCGCGCCGCGCGCCUCGCCGCGCCCGACCAGCCCGCGCUCGCCGCCAACUGACUCGCUGACUUACUGACCACAUCACCACCACGACCGGCCAGGGGCUGAACAAUAUAAAUGUACCAAUAGUGCGUCGAUACAGAGCAAAUCCCUCCUUCAGAGUAGCAUAGACGUUUGAUAAGUAUAUGUGUGUAUAGGCCACUUGUGGAAUAAAGGUAAACAAUUUUGUUUUUUUUUUUAAUUUAUUUUUAGGCAGGAGGGGAGAAAGAAAUAUAAAAUGUCAGUUGUGAUAAUUUUUUUUUUUUUUGUAUGGCAAUGAAUUACUUUUAUUGUUAAUUAUACUUUAUUUUAAAAAUAAUUUCAUAAAAGGAAUCAAGAUUGUUUACCUUUAUUUCAGUACCCAAAAAAAUGGAUUAUUAAUGCCACCAUUUUCUCAGCAAUAGGUUAAAUGUGGCGUUAGUUCAACAUACUCGUCUAGAAUUAAGUGGUUUUUGACAUUGGGUGAUAUAUUAAUAAUGAUAUAAACUUUCAAAUGUCAAAUAUUUUACGAAUUCACUGAUGUCAUGAUUCCAAUCGGCAUACUAUCGAUACAUUUAUUUUACACAGAUUAAACACAUGCUCACCAUGAAAAUAGAGAAAGGAGAUGAGGCACUUUUUCUUUGAUUUACUGCUCGGCCCGCGCAAGCCGGUGACGUUUCGGAAAUUUCAAACUUAGGUACCCAAUGGCAUUUGGGCGCCAAUAUAUUUACGAAAAAAUAUUAAAGUAUAUUUUAGUAGAUACAAGGAUCCCGCUAUGUAGUUACCUGCAUUAUUUUUUAUCCCUGAUCUUGUUAGGAACAGUGAAAAUAUCAGAAUUUUGGAGUUAUUACGCUGUCUCAUCUGCUUUCUCUAUUUGUAUCGUAUUACGUAUCUUAUCAACUAGAAUGGUGAAGCGAAUAAGUAAGCUCUUUAAUAAACUUGGUAUUAACACGCCACCGCCUAUACCUACUAAGUGAAAAUGAUCUGUAUGUUUGAUCAGAGUGGUUAUAUGUGGUAAAUGUCAGAUUGAAAAAGGCAAACUGUAAAAAAUUUAUAUCAAUUUCAAUGUAACGCAAAUAAGUACAAUUUAACAAUUUUAUUCCUUGUCUCUGCAUAACGGCUUAGAUUUGAGAACAAAAUAACCUAACAAAAACAGAACAUUUGAAGCCAAAUGGCCAAAGCCAACAAAUCGAUUGUUUAUGCAUAUCCAGCAAUUUGCAAAUCCUGCCGUCAUGCGUUUACAACAUUUACCGCCUAACUAAACCCUUCAAGCGCUCAACGAAAUAGACUAGACAUACCGCUAGGUUGAACUUCAAUGAAGAGUGGACGCGAUUUCGAAUAGUUUGUGUGAAAAGUACAUUAGAUAUUAUCAUUCGUGGUUUAACGAAGUCUCUAAAAGAGUUCCAUAUUUUUUAAUAAAAUAUUCUUGAUUCUUUACAAAUAGGCAUUGAUUCUUAAAAUUUAUUAGCCAACUGACAUAGUUACAUAUAAAUAUUUUUUACUAUUGUAGAACAUUUAUAAAUACUAAUAGAUCAUGAAGCUGUUACUAUCUGUAAGGUUUCAAUACAACUGUAUACUGGCAGGUGGUGAAUUUGUUUGUUUACCAUAUUUGGGAAGAUUCUUUAGUAUAGAUAAAUACUUUGACGUGAAUCUGUCUUUCCAAGUAAGGUGCCCAAGAUAAAAUACCUUGUUUCACGACAUAAAAGUACUUUGAUAAUCAUUAUUCAUCUCUGCGUGCUCCCGGUUGCACCCUUCACAGAGGUGUUUCGGGGCCCGGGGUCCGCCUUAUUCAUGAAUAUACAUAAUAAUACUUAAAAUUUAUAUAUCCAAUCUAUGUCUCAAGUUUAUUGAUGUCUGAAUGAAAAAUUUGAAGGAGUAAGAAUUCUUUAUAAUGCAGGACAAUUAUUGUGCAAUUGGAUCAGUCAGAAACAUUUGAUAUCAAUACUUUUUCUUAUCAAAUAAUAUUAUUUGGGCAAAAAUGGUAUAAAACUCAAUUAGUUUGUUAUAUAGGUAAACCAACAAAAAAAAAUAUAGUGAUUUUUAAUUUUUGAAAAAAAAAUGUUAAAAAGUGUUGGAGUUCGGUUGGUGUUAUUGAAAUUAUUUUGGUUUGUUAUUUUUGUUUGUUGUGUAGCAGUUCCUUUCACUUGUCGACACUAACAGAAUUUAUUAUACAAAAUUAAACUGUUUGAAACAGUACUUUAUAUUGGUUUUUAUUUUCAUGAGGAAUAUCAUAUUACUUUGUUGUAUAUCAAAUUAUAUAUAUGUUUCAUUUCUUUGAAAUAUCAUUUAAGGGUAAAAAUUUUGUGUGGCUCCUCAUGUUUUGAUUUAGAGUAGUAGAUAAGAUUGUUUUGAGGUUUUUUUUUAUAUUUGUGUGCAAAUUAAUCAGUUUGUGAUAUGACAAUCUUGUCAUAGGAUUAAUUCAGAUAUUGAAUUGUCACUGAUAAUAGUAUCAACUCUAAAUGUAUAGUGAGGCUAGCUGCUCUUUCCAUAUCAUUAUUCAGUAUUUCAUUACAGUACCAAUAUUAGAUUGUGAUUGUUUUAUAGUAUAAGUGAUAAGAUUAUAUUUUUAUUGAUUUGUUCAGAGUGAGAGAAAUUAAACUAGCUACAAAGUAA